AUGUUUUUAAUUCCUGCAGUGGUCUGCAGCAUUGUUACUCUUCUAGUCAACCCCCUGAUCCUCUUUACUAUACUAUUGAAGGACAAACUACGAAAAGAGACAAGGUACACGCUCCUGGCCAAUGUGAUGAUCGCAGACCUCAUCUUUCUUCUGUUUAACAAUCUAAUUUCUGCUUGUAAUGCCAUCCGUUGGUACGUCCACAGGCUUCUGUGCUUCACCAUGAUUGUCUUCUCAUUUGCAGCCUAUACCAGCUGUGUUUUGACAUAUACUGUCAUGGUAAUUGACACCUACAUUGCUAUCUGCUUCCCUCUUCAUUACUACUCUCUCCUGUCUGUCCAACGCACCAGAAAAAUACUAGCAGCCAUUUGGAUUUUCUCAGCUGUUUUCCCCCUAUCAGUGUUUGCAUUCUCUGACUCAUUUAACACAGACCUACAUGAAAGACAAAAUGUAUGCCUCUUGCUCUAUUAUGAGCCUCAAGAGAAAAAGGAAAAUGCAGUCACUAUUGUCUGCUCCUUUGCCAUCUUUUUCUUGAUGAUUUGCUCGGUAAUGAUCAUGUACUUUUACAUUAGGUUAUACAAAAUGACGCGCCAGUUGGGUAUCUGGGUUAGCCGAUUUUCAAGAGCUAAAAUAACCCUUCUAACGCAUUCCAUUUUGCUUUGUUUGUAUAUUGUACCUGCUUUUAUUUUGACUGUGGAAAUCAUGUUGUUUAAAAACAAUGUAAUUGGAAUGGAUAUUAGAAUGUGGAUAACUGCCAGUAACAAUGGUGUGAUAAUGGUGAUGCCGCGAGCAUUAUCGCCUGUAUUGUAUGGACUCAGGUAUCGGGAAAUAACCACCACACUGAAACUCUGGUUUUCUCGGAAUAAAGUUAGCUUCACUGGCACAGGUGGAUUCGGAUAA